ACCAGUGUCUUCAUGACAAGUGAAAAGAGACAAAGCCCACCCCUUUGCUUCUCCCAAAUACCUACAGUUUCUUAGAUCUCUCUCUCUCUCUCUCUCUCUCUCUCUCUCUCUCUCUUUCUCAUUGGUUUUCCUUUCAUUCCAGCCAAUAAAGGUGCGAACUUUGCACACUUUUAUAUGGUUUUUUCACGAGAAUUGUGAGUGAGUGAGAGAUAGAUGGUGAGGAGAUGGGUUGGUGGGAUUGGGAUCGUUGGCCGUUGCUUCAGAGGAGAGGAAACCAUAUGUUUGUGAAGCUCUUUGUGGCCCUGCUUCUCGUGGGCUUCUCAUUCCGUUUCUUCUUCGCCUCUGAUUCAUUUUCGUCUUUGCCGUUGUCCCAGCCGGAGGAAGUUGAAGAUGUGAGGGAGGUUAUUGCAGAUUCUGACCCAUUAGAUAAUGACUUUGCCUCAAAUACAUCUGUUCCAGAAGUAGCAUUACAGGAUGGGAUAGAAUAUCGUCAAAAAGAUAAAUGUGAUUUAUUUACGGGAGAGUGGGUCUCAAACCCCUCAGGACCAGCUUAUACAAAUGAGAGCUGUUCUUUUAUUGAACCUCCUCAAAAUUGUAUGAAGAAUGGGCGACCUGAUACAGGUUAUUUGUAUUGGAGAUGGAAGCCAUAUGGUUGCGAUGUUCCUCUUUUUGAUGCAGAGAAAUUUUUGAAUGUCAUGCGAAAUAAAUCUUGGGCAUUGAUUGGUGAUUCUAUUCUCCGCAACCAUGUCCAGUCGUUGAUUUGCCUUCUUGUUAAGGUUGAAGUGCCAGUUGAAGUUGAACAUGACAAGCAGUACAAGUCAAGAAGAUGGCAUUUCGCCUUGCACAACUUCACUCUUUCCAUCAUAUGGUCUCCUUUCCUGGCAAAAGCAGAAACGUUCGAAAAUGAGGAUGGUGUAUCUACCGCUGAAAUUGAGCUUCAUCUUGAUGUCCUCGAUAAAAAAUGGACCAGUCAGUAUGAGAAUUUCGACUACAUUUUGAUUUCUGGGGGUCAGUGGUUCCUCAAGGCAGCAAUUUACUGGGAGAACAAGACGAUCAUCGGCUGCCAUAAUUGUCAACGAAAGAACUUAACAGACAUCCCACCGGAUUACCCUUUCCGCAAAGUCCUCCAGUCGGUUUACCGCUUCUUCACAACAUCAAAGCACAAGCCAUUUAUUCUUUACCGGACUUGGACACCUGAUCACUUCGAGAACGGCGAAUGGUUCAAUGGCGGCACAUGCAACAGAACAGUACCAUACAAAGAAGGUGAAUUUCUAGGACGAGAUAUCGACCAUUUAAUGCUACGGAUCGAACUGGAAGAGUUCAAGAAUGCAACCAGGAAUGGUGCUCGGUUGAAGCUCCUGGAUACAUAUCGACUUUCGCUGCUCAGACCUGAUGGUCAUUCGGGUCCUUACCGGACUUUUCAUCCAUUUGACAAGAACAGUGUGAGGGGCCCGAAUGACUGCUUGCAUUGGUGCUUGCCUGGGCCAAUUGAUUCCUGGAAUGACUUGGUCAUGGAUCUGGUGUUGAAUGGAAAUUGAAGUAAUUAUUUUGCCCCAACAUUUUGUCAUAGUGUAUAUUAAAAUGAGCAUUCUUAUCAAUCAAUCAUGGUGAAUAUAAAUUGCUGAACUAUGAAA